AUGCCUCACUCCGUCCACAACCAGGGAUCGCACUACUCGAUUGCCACCGCAACCAAUGGUGGGAGACGCGACGGUUCCAACAGCUACUCCAUUGAGCAGUGGCGACAAGAUCAGAACACUCGUGCUAGUUUCUACGUCACCGGCACAUCGUUUAGCGGGUCGCACGAACGCGACGCCAGAGAGAACGUGUCGGCAUUUGACCAGGCGUGGAGCCACAGCGCCCGCCGCCGUUAA